AUGUUCCGCAAACUCCGUGGUAGUAGCAGCCGUAGCAGCUAUCGCAGCGAGCCCGCACCAUCAGCGCCGGCCACAACAGCAGAGAGCGAAACUGUUGACCCAUCCCCUCGCGCUAUCCAUAUCAGCGACGUGAAGGAGUCCCCCACCAAGCUACCCCGCAAGUCCGGUUCUGAUUUACAGUCCAUAUGCAUUCUCGUCGUGAAUGCCAAAGGCGCCGCCGACUACUUGCAUCUCUACAGGCUACUCCAGAGAGAGAAGAAGCAUUACGACGAGUUCGACCCUACGAGUGACUUCGACACAGAUUAUUUUUGCGACGGUUACCUCUACAAUGUCCGCUUCAUCCCGCCCAGCGCCCCAGGGUAUGGCCUAGCUCACUACUGCCACAUGCAGCAUGUUUGCCUCGUCCUCACGUACGAUGCUUCAUCGAGGGAAUCGUGGGACGAAAUGGUUGCUGCCUGCGAGAGGAUACGCAGCCGCUGCGAAGAUGGUGCCCUCCCCUUUCUUGCGACAAUGAUCGCCGCCAUGGGUGAAGGUGAAGGUGAAGGUGAAGCCCCGGUAUCCCCCGCGGAAGCCGAGGCCUUUGCAACCCAGCGUAGCUGUCUCUUUAUCAAGGUCUCGCCCGCAACUGGGCGCGGAAUUUGCGAUGCGGUCGGCUCGCUGGUUGAGCUGGCGCACGGCGCUCGUGAUCAAUAUACGAUGGAUCAGGAGGGUCAUGCCCAGAGGUAUAAGAGGGCAGAGGCAUUUGUGGCAUUAUUUGCCAGCUAG